UUUUUGAAUUAGGCUAUUUCUACGAAUAUCCUGCCACUAACGAAAUAGGCCGUUGUACGCCCAGCACUUCGCUUUGGAACAUCCAGUUGGCUGCAGACAUCGUUGAAAAUCUUAGAAAACUGAUAUCAACAUGGCUGCUUUGCCACGAAGAAUAAUGAAGGAGACACAGAAGCUUGUUGCAGAGCCUGUUCCUGGUAUCACUGCAAGUCCAGAUGAAAAUAAUGCAAGAUAUUUCCAUGUAAUCAUAUCUGGACCAAAGGAUUCUCCAUUUGAAGGUGGCAUUUUUAAACUGGAGCUAUUUCUUCCAGAAGAAUACCCUAUGUCUGCGCCUAAAGUUAGGUUUAUGACAAAAAUUUAUCAUCCAAAUGUGGACAAGUUAGGAAGAAUCUGUCUUGACAUUCUUAAAGACAAAUGGAGCCCUGCAUUGCAAAUCCGAACUGUGUUGCUUUCCAUUCAAGCAUUGUUAAGUGCCCCAAAUCCAGAUGACCCCUUAGCAAAUGAUGUUGCUGAGCAAUGGAAAGUUAAUGAAAGCCAGGCCAUUGAAACAGCUAAAGCUUGGACAAGGCUAUAUGCCUCAGGGAGUUAAAAAAACUACGGACAGUAGAGCAUAUGAUGCAUGGGGAAGCUCAGAUGAUUUGAAGUUUCAGCUACAAAAGUGAGCUUGCACCAUCGUUGUUUAAAAUAAUUUCUUAAUUUUGACAUUUCACUUCCAAAUACCAGAAAAUAAAGUUUUCACCAUCGUCCAUAGAAGUAAAAAAUCACAAGAAACUAGAAGGGAUAGCAGAACAUAAAUUCACCGAAUAUAGCGUUUUAUGCAACGAUAACUGAAUUCAUAUUUUCUGGAACUAAACAACUUUUCUAGGGAAGUUUAUUCGUUUGAUCAGCUGAUUUGUUUAAGCUUUAUCUGUCAUUGGGUCUGCUUUUAAAGACGUAUAUCAAGUUUUGAAAGCAAUACUGCUCAUCUAACUGAUUCUUGAAGUUAGACUUUAGCAGAUAUUCCAGAUUCCCUUCAGGCCAUAGCAUUCGUAUAUGCCUACGCGUUUCGCAAUAUCAGUUGCCUACAAAACCAGAUGUCUUGGGUUCUUUUUUUAUAUCCCAUGCUUACACCUAUUGGCUUAUUUCCAAUUUGAUAACAAAUUAUAGCGUUUUAACUCCCUUUAUCCGAAUCAAGCAAGUAUUCCUCAAAUGAGGUCUGGAUCUUAUAUGUACGUGUUGCUGUAAUUAUCGCCUAGUCGAAAAGAGAGCUACUAAUAUGUAUUUAGUGUAUCGUCAUAACAUCGGUGAAAAGCGAAGCAUGUCUUGUCAUUUUC